AUGAAGUCACAUCAUUACUCCACCAAAGGCCAGUACAGAGCUAACAGAUGCCUGGAGUACUGUUGUCCGGGAGAUUCGGAGUGCAGUUGUGAUACAGGAAAGAAUGCCGUCAAGCUCGGGGACGCUCAACCGAGCACGGUCACCGUCAUUGGAAGCACCAGUUGGCCGGGGAUAGAAUCUACAAGUACCCCAUUUGUCCAGACAAGCCCUCUCGUGGCAAAUGGCACCGCCACAAGCGAAUCUGGCGGACUUACUUCCAGUACCACUAGUAUUAGUACAAGUUCUAUUACACCCACGUCUUCGCCUACCACCAACGGAGUGGCAGCGGCAGCGGCAGCAUCCGCGACAUCAAACACUCCUGCACCAUCUACGGGCGGAAGCUCGAGCAACACGGGCCUUGCAGCAGGGCUGGGAGCUGGUUUAGGAGCAGCCGCGGUGAUAAUCGGCGUCCUUAUCUUCUUCCUGAUUCGCAAUAGACGUCAUCGCAACGCAGAGAAGGAGGGACCAGGAGAUGCAGGUUAUAGCGGUCUCCUUCAGGGAGACCAGACGAUGCAAAAGCCCCUCUCGGUGGCAUCCCAACCUGCAUCUGCAUACUCGGACAACCAACAACAACACGUGGUGGCGGAAGCACCACCAUCUCGGGAUGACAGGCCCGAAUUAGCAGGAGCUGGUGAAUACGAGCGAGUUGAGAUGCCGAGCGGACAGAACGGAGACAGGCUGCACCACCAAAGGAGUACGGAGAGGGCCGAACUUGGUCCAUGA